AACGUAAACGUCAAAAUACUCCCCUCAAUUAUCGUCCUCAAUAUAACACUGGCACGGUUCAGUACGGCUAUCCAAUCAUCCGAGCUACAAGAAAAUACAAGAAAUUAACGACAUGAACUGUUCACAAGGCCAAUCUGAGACCAUCAAGUUCUCGUGUCACUAUAUAUAUCCGUAAUUUAAUCAACGGUAUUCAUAUCGAAACUCGAUUAUUAGAACAUUAGAUUCGACAGUGUCCUUGUCGUAACCGUAAAUUUUACAAUGGCAACGGUCUCGCAAAAAAAUGUAACACUUUUUAUUCUUGCGGCAUUUGCUUAUGCGCUGAUGGUGCACGCCAGUGAUCCUGAUAUUCUCUCGGAUUUUAUAGUCCCUGAUAACAUCAAUGUCAUUGACGGGAAAUUCUUCGCGUACACCGGACUCCGAGGAGCAUUCGAUUUCGAAAAUUCGACAACGUACAAGGGCGUUCCAGCUAGUCUAAAAGAAUUUCCAGCCCUUAAUGGCCAAAGUGUCUCAAUGGCUGUGCUCCAGUUUCCGCCGAAUGCAAUUAAUCCCCCUCACACACGCCCGCAUUCGACGGGGCUACUGUUGUUAAUCGAUGGAAGCCUCGAGGUCGGAUUCGUCGAUACGAGCAACAAGCUCUACACCCAAUCUCUUGAGGCUGGAGAUAUUUUCAUUUUUCCGAAAUCUUUGGUUCACUAUCAAUAUAAUGCAAGUCCAACAGCACCAGCCACGGCUAUUGCUGCUUUCGGGAGUGCAAGUUCGGGGUCUGUUGCGGUUCCUUCGACAAUAUUUGCGACGGGUGUAGAUGAUACGAUUCUUGCGAAGUCUUUCAAGACUGAUGUCGCGACUAUAGAGAAGAUCAAGAAAGGCCUUGCUUCAAAGGCCUAGAUGAAGCUUCGGGUUUAACAGAGAGUAAAUUAUCGAUCAGAAAUUCAAUAAGCGAGAAUGUGUUCGUGUAAAACGAGCUUAUAUUCACCGAAAGCGAUUCCUAAUUUCAUUCUUUCCAUAACGUUAGGAACAGUUUUUGUCGUAGUUGUAUGCUUGUUAUGAUAAAACUUUGUCUUGUCAAUUUUCUUGUUACGAAUUUGAUUGAUCGCUUAGAGAAAUCAGAAUACUCGGCACAUAAUUUAGAUGGACUUAGACAAAGAACUACUAGUCAAGCAGUAGAAAGUACCAAGAGGAUACGUUAAGACUGCGACGACAUGAUCAAAUCUUGGUAGAACCGUAAUUGGUAUCUCAAAGAUGUGCGCACGCAUAUAUAAUAUAUUAAAACUGUUUUUAGUAUGUACAC